GACUCUCCUCCAAUUUUUAUGGAAACGUAGAACGGAUUGAGGUAAACAUAAAAGUCCUAUGCCGUUUUGCGAUGUUCGCAAUAAAUCUCGAGAUGUAGGACUUUUAUAUUCAGCUCAAUCCGUUCUACGUUCCCAGAAAAAUUGCGAAAAAGAGCCGGGGGACUCUGUAUAUAUACAGAAUGUUUAACGCAAGACACGCAAUAUUAUGUGUGAAGGUAGAGCACGUCUGCCUGAACAUGAAAACCCCUGGCAGUUUGCAAACUACGUGAAAUUUCGAGAUAAUAAUAAAAGAAGAUUAGCGAAUCAGUAUAACGCUGUAACGCGCGGACAAGUUUUGCGUUUCUUGUGUCAGACACCCUGUAUAAUAAAAAGUUUUUAAUUGUAUGAUUAUAUUAAUUAAUACGUAAUCUUUAAUAUUAAUUAUUUAUAUAUAUUCUCUAUAUAUGUGCAUGAUAUAAAAUAAUGAUUAAUAAUUUUUUUUGGGUUAAAAUCACACUAUCCUCUCCGAUUCGAUAAUUAAACGUCUUGGUUAUGAAUGUGAUUUUUUCUCAUUUUAGCGACUUCUAAUUCUAUCUAAUGCAUUUCAGUUCAUACUUAAGAAGAGUUCGAGAUGCGACUAAUAAUCCGCAAUUUAAAUAGACCAAAGUUGUAAAAAAAUAUAAGGUUUUAUUCGUCGGAAAUGAAAAGAAACAGCACUCUUACAUACGCAUACAUUACUAUAAAGAUAAAAUACCUCGAUAAAACGCGUGUAUUACAGUGACGGCUGGUUAGUCAUGUUAUGUUAUUGUCUCGAGUUAUCUCCAAAGGUUAAUCCGUUUAGAAAUCAGAAUUUAUUGCUCUUGAGUUAAAUUUGCAAGUGAGUUUUGACAAUUAAUAAAUAUUAAAACGGACGAAACCUAGAGAAAUUUAUGCAAAAGGAAGAUAAUUAGAAUCUAGACAAUUAUCAAUUAAUAAGACAUUGACUUCCAAUCGAUCUCAAACAUUCUUGAAUAUCUAGCCGUCACUCUAUAAAAGUCCUGGAACUGUCGCACUUCCUUUCGUAUUUUAUUUACCUUAUAUUUCUCGAUUAACUUCCAAAGCUAAAUUUUUCAAAUCAUCUCGCUUUUUCUUAAUUAUUUACGAAGUUAUUAAUCUCGAGUUAAAAUCUACUGUUCUGCUCGAGUCUUAUUCGCACUUUUAAAAUAUGAUAAUUUCACAGCCAACUGCUCUGAACAUUUUAUAAAUAUGUCAAAUGUUCCUAUUUGUAAAUAACGAAUUUAUACAACACAAAGGAAUCAAUUUGAUUGAAAUAGCUUUUCAAGACCAAAUAGAAGCGAGCAGAACAGCAGUAUUAAAACGGUUAUGUCGUCGUUUUCACUAAUUAAUCCGAAGUCGACGCGCUCUCGAGAGGAAUCGCGACCAUUCCGGUGGACUCUGUGUGUACAUGUAUAUGUAUAAAUAUUAGUGAAUAUUUAGCAUGUAAUUUGCCUUCCAGAUUCGUAUAUUGGUUGUGAUUUGCUGUAAUUGCGAACGAUUAGUUACCAGAUAAAGUCGAGUAUACGCGACGAGACGACAAAGCUCGUUUCGUUCCAAAGUGUUUCGAGCAGCCUAAAAAGCAAAUUCUCUCCGUUAAACUAUGCAAACUCGUAAUCAUCGACGUGAUGCAGGGCGCAAUAAGUCCACAUAUUCUGCCGUUCACACCAUACGAUCGGAUAGGGAAUUCUAGGUGAUAAACUUUAUCGAUAAAAAAAAAAACACUUGUGUGAGAUCCACGAGUAAUAUCUUUCUUAGGGAUAUAAUAUCUCAUUGGUAUAUCGAAAUAUGAAUUCUUUGUUAAUGCGCAAUGUUGCGCGCAGCGUGAUGUACCAAUUUCUUCGUUAGUAGCAUAUCUCCGUUUCUCGAUGCAUCGGGCGACGCAUCAGUAGCGCAUAUUCUAGCGAGAUUCGAAAUUUCAUAGUUAGCAUAUACAAAUUCGGUUUCGCUCGGCGAUCGAUUGUCCGUCGAGAAAUUCGAUUGUAUUACAUUGCGAAAUUCUCUAGUGAGUAGAAUCGAAAAGACUGAGGACUUUUAAAAACGUUCGCUUCUUUUUAGCGUGUUCCUACCCGAGCAGCACGAAGCAACAUUGGGCCAAUGUCGAGCCUGCAGCGGCUAACCAUUGGCCAACUAAUAAUACGUGCUGUCAGGGUAUUGCGUGUAAAUGUCGUUACGUUCUCGAUUCAGCUUCGAUUAGAGGCGUUUUUUUCGUUUCGUGACCACGGUAGCGUUUGGUUGGUUAGUUUGGUCCAGUUGACGCUCGCAACGCCGCGAGUGUCUUUCUAUCUUUGUUGUUCGAGCGGACCAAACUAACCAACCAAACGCUAACGUGGUCACGAAACGAAAAAACACCUUAGGAAGUGAAAAAAAGAUAAAAUGAAGGAGAAAAAGAAAGGGAACGGAAAGGAGACCAUUGUCCAGUGGCUGUUCGUGCGAAUUAUAUCACCGAUUCUCUCGCUCGCGUGAUGAACCCUGAAUCAGUGGCGAAUUGCAAUAAGUAUCCGGUAUCUGCCAAAGAAUUAACGACCGAUAAUGCUCUAGCGAAACUCUUUUCUCGCAUGUAGUAGGCGUUAAGUGUAAUACACACAGAAAAAUUGCAUCCACGAGCAACGUGAUGAGAUGUGAUCAUCAUCGAGCCAACGGGCGGACGUGAUUUUUCUGCCUCUGUAGCGAUACGACAAUUUUACAUUCCGCCUUUUUCUUUCCGAAAGAAAAGAUUCGAAAUGGGGAAACGACUAUUUCUACUUUUUGUUGUAUCCACGAUCCGUUCUUGGUGCUACUUUCGGACGUACUACCAUCUCUGUACUAUUCACUGCAAUGCGGUGCAAUUGCAAAUCCGUAUAUACGUAUAUAUGUAUAUGUAUAAAAAAAAUGGAAACACUGUACACAUCUAUGUGUGUAUGAGCGCGUGUGUGAAUGUGUAUAUCUGUGAAUGGGUGUGUGCGUGCGUGUGUGCGCGCUGUCUCGAUUCUCGAGAGAUUCUCGCGAAACACUGCCGAUUAUAGACGAGCGACCACGACACUCAUCUCUCAAUAAUCGCCCUUAAGACUACUGUCUACGGAGAAAGUCGUCCGCAUGUUCGAGCUUGCUGUAGCAUAUCAGGUCCGGCGAUCUUUUUCUACGACAACAAUGUGACACGACGCGGGAUAGACGGUAGUCUUAAAAAUGUAUCUACACACGAAUUGUAAAAGGUAUGGACGAGAAGCGACGAUGCAUCCACUGCCUUAUUUAUUUUACCAUAUAAGUAAUACAUUUGAUUGUCAUACAGUAUAGUGAAAUAAAGUUUCAUAAUGUAAUUAGUUUCCAGUGCGGACCCGCGCAUCAUCAUUCUGUCCGUUCUGUUUUCCCACAUCGCAUAUGAUGUUACAACUACUUGCCGUGUCUGCUUGCCAUUGCGAAAUUAUCACGUUGUAGUAUCAAGGUAAAAGUACCAAUUCUUGGAUAAUAACACUGGUACCAAACUCUGGAUAUACUUGGAUUGCUUAAAUUUUCAAAAUACAGAUAUUCAAGCUUUUAACGUCCAGAUAGCACAAGGUCUCCAGGAGACGUUCUUAGUUAGUUAGAGCGCGUAAGAGCGACUGACUCGCCACUAGCGAGUCGGUUAGCUGUUAUGAUGGGAAGUUUGCAGCUUCCAGGAAUUUCACAAUUGUAAGUCGCGAAAUGAAAAACUUGUUUGUGUCGCGAGGUACGUGCUUCACACGCAAUUUACCCGGUCUCGUGUGGCGCGUUCACGACGCACCGGUGUGACGACUAGCCAACGGGUCGCUUGCUCGAUCCGUUAAUUUGCGAAUAACCGAUGUUUGAGAAAUUAGCUUCCAAUACACACACACACACACAUAUAUAUAUAUAUAUAUAUAUAUAUAUAUAUAUAUAUAUAUAUAUGCAGUAUAACGCCCCCACCUUGAAUUUUUUUCAAACUUUGUAAAUUUGUAUAUUUUUACGCAUAGAAUUGAUUUCUGAAAACGAGAAUUGUCGCUCACUUUUCGUUUUCUUGUUUUUUUUUUAUUUUUAUAUUUUAUAAUGUCGGUAAGUAGGAAAGACAAAGAAUAGUUCAUACAUGCUUUUCUACUUUAAUCAAGAGCAUAAACUCUGUUAUAAAGCAGAGAAUAGUUCAUGUAUGCUUUUCUUUGCUUUAAUCAUAUACACUAUCUUAUAAAACUCUUAAUAAUUACCUUUUUAUACGAAUUAAAAUUUAGAUCUAACUGUACUGCAUAUUUACCUUAAUAUAUAUAAUUUUAUAUAAAAACGGUAUAAGAUUUUCUUUUAUGUUCAAUCCGUACUGUCUCCACGAGUGCUUCGAAGAUUGUUCUGAGACAUCCUGUAUAUAUUUUAUUUUAUAUAUAUAUAUAUAUAUAUGUUGUGUGUGACGCGCGCGCGUAUACAUAUAUAUGUAUGUACCUCCGCACGCGCGAAAACAUACGAAUGCUAUUGUAUCGAUACAAUUCCAACCCCUACGACUUCCUGUCUGUUAAAGCUGGCGAAACGUCAGGAAUAAUGAAAUUGAGUAGUGAACUCUUGUAACUUUCUCUUUCCUCUCUCCAAGUAAUCCGCGUAAAAAUUCCAGUGACAAAAUCGAUUAUAAGAAUAUACGAAGAAAUCUGCGACUCUGCACGAUAUAAAUAUAAUAAUUUUACCAGUCGGUGAUCGUAACAAUGACAUUUGAGUAUUGAACCAUUCGUGAUAAAGGUACUUUUCACUGACAAAACUGUCCUUUCUUGACGAAAAAAGAAGAAAAUGUCCAACACGAAAGACUUCUCGUGUGUCGGUGGGCUGGAGAAGCACAUCAGGAUCGUGAAGGAAAUGGUUCUGUUCCCACUGAUGUACGGAGAGGUUUACGCUAAAUUUAAUCUCAGACCGCCACGUGGUUUGCUAUUCUACGGCCCACCAGGUAAAGUCAAAGUAUUUAUCAACAAUGAGAUUUUGUUAGAACAUACUUUCUCUUCAUCAGGAACCGGGAAAACCCUCAUAGCCAGCGCGCUGGCGACCGAGUGCAGCAAUUCCGAACGCAAGGUCUCCUUCAUUUCACGCAAAGGUUCCGAUUGCCUCAGCAAAUGGGUUGGGGAAAGCGAAAAGAAGCUUGAGAAGAUUUUCUCGUUGGCACAACAGUCGAAACCGUGUAUUAUCUUCUUUGACGAAGUCGAUGGUCUCGCCCCUGUAAGGUCCAGUCGUCAGGAUUUUGUCCAUGUCAGCGUAGUCUCCACUUUGCUGGCUCUGAUGGACGGUUUGAACAAUAAUUCUGAGAUCAUAGUGAUAGGCGCGACUAAUAGAAUCGAUGCGAUAGAUCCCGCUCUGAGGAGACCCGGUAGAUUCGACAAAGAGCUAUACUUUCCUUUACCUUGUUACAGCGCCAGGAAAGAGAUACUCUCGGUGCAUAUCAAAAGUUGGAAGCAAAAACCGGCACAGAAAUUCUUAGCAUAUUUGGCAUCGAAAACGUUGGGAUUUUGCGGCAGCGACCUGCAUGCUCUCUGCGCUGAAGCAGUUAUGUGUUCGAUACGUAGGAAUUAUCCGCAAAUCUACACCUCCAAAUCCAAGUACCACAUCAACGAACGCCACCUCAAAGUUGAAAAGGAAGAUUUCCUAAAGGCGCGUCAGAAUAUCGUUCCAGCGUCGCACCGCGUUGUCGUCGCGCCGAUCAAGAGUUUGUCAACCAAGAUUCAACCGCUAUUACAAGAAGAUCUGACGAAUAUCUUGUCGCGGUUGCAAGUACUCUGCCCAGUUGGCAUGCUGACUUCGGAUAACAUUACAGGUAAAGCCACGUCUAAGUCAAACGGUUGCCCGCGAAUUUUGUUAUGCGGCAACGACGAUUCUCACACACGUCAUUUGGGGCCUGCGUUGCUGCACACCCUAGAGCACCUGCCGUGCCAUGUCUUAGAUGUCACGAGCCUGUUCGAGGAAACUGGCAAGGCGGCUGAGGAGGCGAUGAUACAAAAAAUCAAAACCGCGCGUCGCACUCUACCAGCGUUGCUGUACGUUCCUGGUAUCUUGACCUGGUGGGACUUGGUGGAUGAGACUGCGAGAGUGGUUUUCACCUCUUUAAUGCGAGAUCUCGAUCGAUCCGUGCACAUGCUAGUGCUAAUGACCGCCCAUUGUCAACAUGCCGACCUGCCAUCGGAGAUCAAAGGAAUGUACGACGAUAAUCGUGGUGAGAUAUACGAAGUGAGAGCGCCCUCGCCGCAAAAACGACGAUCUUUCUUCAAGCAAUUGUUUCUCAACGGAGGAUCCGAUGAUCUCUCCAACUGCUCUUCGCAAGAUCUGAUACAAAUCCUGAGCCCGAAGAAGUUCAAAGGCGAAAAUAACAAAAAGCUAAAGGGUCUCGUGCGUGCUACCGACUCUAAUGGAAUACUAGAAGUUAGCGCAGCACGGAAUACUAGGAAGAUUAAAGCGAAAUCGAAUGUGCGAAAUAAGCUCGGAACUGUACGAUCCUCGCACUCGACGUCUUCCAGAUCUAGAACGAACAUCAAGAGAGAAUACAACGCAUGCGGUGAAGGACCACCAUCGAAACGGCAGAAGGUGAUGUCUGGCGGGACUUCCGCCAGCAAUGAGAAGCUCUUCAGUUCUCAGAUCGAGGACUUGGUCGAGACGAUUGUCCGGUCCACAGACGAGUGGCAAAGUCACUUACUGGAGAGCUUGUUUUCGUCCCUCGAAUUCACAAUGGAGAAUAACGGGGAUUUGUGCACGACCGUGAAUGAGUAUGUCGCGCGUCACGAGGAAUUGAAACGAGCGAAAAUGUGCGCGGUGCAGGACGAGGAUUAAUCGUAGAGCAAGAGAAAUAGAA